AUGACCAAAGUAUUCCUCACCGGUGCAACGGGCUACAUUGGCGGCGACGCCCUGGCUACGCUCUUCGCACGGCACCCGGAGUUUACCUACUCCGUUCUCGUGCGCGAUUCAGAUAAGGCAGAGCAAGUCAAAACUCAAUACCCGAACGUCAAGAUUGUUCUGGGUAACCUUGACGACUCAUCGAUACUUGAGCGAGAGAGUGCGGCGGCGGAUAUUGUCUUGCACACUGCCGAUGCAUCUGAUCAUGUAGGUGCAGCAAAGGCAAUCGCAGCUGGUCUGGUCGCGGGUCACUCGAAAGAAAAGCCGGGGUACUGGUUACACACGGGCGGGACUGGAAUCCUUACCUUCGAUGAUACCGACAAGAACGAGUACGGCAACAGGAGUGAUAAGAUUUACAAUGAUUGGGAAGGGGUAGAUGAGCUGUUGAAUCUCCCCGAUCAUGCCUUCCAUCGCAAUGUCGAUCAGCUCGUCCUGGAAGCUGGUGCCAAGCACGCAGAUGUGCUCAAACUUGCUCUGGUCUGCCCUCCAACGAUCUACGGCAAAGGAAGAGGACCCGUCUCAGGACGCGGACGACAAGUCUACGAGCUAGCGAAAGUGACGCUGCAAUUGAAGAAGGGACCAAUUAUUGGAGCUGGGCAGUCCAUCUGGAACAACGUGCACGUUCAUGAUCUGAGCGAUGUAUAUGCAUUGCUCGUGGAUGCUGCAGUUGCAGGCCGGACUGAUCCGGGACUUUGGGGUGCCGAUGCCUACUAUCUCACAGAGAACGGGAGCAUAUCUGGGGAGAGCUGGCGCAAGGGCAAGACCGAGGCAUUUGACCUUGAGAGCGCGAAGAAAUAUGCAGGGUUCGAGUCAGUCAGCUGGGGCCUGAAUUCUCGUGGGCGGGCUCAACGUGCGCGCGAGAUUCUGGGAUGGCAGCCAUCGCGACCUAGUCUGUUGGCUGAAUUACCGGAGAUUGUUCGGAGUGAGUGGGAGCGGUUGCAGGAAUAG